AUGCCUCCACCAAAUCAAUCUCAACAAACUAGCUCCCAGUUUCCUCAAUAUUCUUCACAAAUUUCCCUUGCUCAUGAUGACGAUGAUGGAGUCGAGGAAGUUGUUAAAUCUACUGCAAAUGUAAAGGAGACAAAGACGAUGUGGACUCCUGAUGAAGAUAUCCUUCUUGUAAAAGCUUGGUACAACACUAGCACCGACUCCAUUAUUGGCAAUCAACAAAAGAGAAAGGUUUUUUGGGAGAAAAUUGCUGCCUACUACAAUGAGUGGAGGCCAGAGGGAACUGUUGCGCGAAGUUACUCGCAGGUAAAAAAUCAUUAUUAUAAAAUCAAUCCGGAUAUUAAUAAAUGGGCAGGUAUCUACAAUAAUUUCUGGAGCAACCGGGCGAGCGGUCAAGACGAUGAUGAUGUACUAGAGGUGGCCAAAAGAGCAUGGAGAAACGAUGAUCCAAAGAACAAGGACUUUAAGUUCUUGCACGUAUGGAAGAUCAUCCAAACUUGUGAGAAAUGGACUCCUCAACAAAUGCCGCAGAAUCCUCAGAAAAAGGCCAAAAAUUCUGAAACAGUUAGUCCCUCUUCUACGGACACUGGAGCUCGAAUGCGACCGUGGGACAACAGAGAGCUAAACGACAAGCGAAACAAAAGGCUAAAAUGA